GUAAUCAUGAGCACUAAAGCGGAAGCGAGACGCGAAAUAGGGGCAACCUUAUCCCUAUGCAUAUCUUGCAUGAAGUGCAUAGGGCUUUCGUUUGAGCGACCAGACGGCACUGCCCGGCUUCUUCGCCAGAAGCUGAUGUUCGUAGCGUCGGUUUGCACCAUUGUCUAUCACGUCUUCAGUGAAAUCGUUUACAUUGGCCUCACGUUAUCUAAUUCGCCACGAGUCGAAGACGUUGUUCCGCUUUUUCAUACUUUUGGCUACGGCGCUUUAAGCAUCGCGAAGGUGUUUGCCCUGUGGUCUAAAAAGAACGUGUUCGCCGAACAUUUAGACGAACUGUCGGGCAUAUGGCCCAUGGAGCCGCUCGAUGAAAACGCACGAAACAUCAAGGAGAAGAGCGUGGCUGCACUACGCCUAGUUCAUCAAAGUUACUUCUUAAUGAACGUCGGAGGCGUGUUGUUCUACAACGUGACGCCCAUAUGCGUUUACCUGUACCAACUGUGGCAGGGGCAGGACGCGGCGGUGGGCUUCGUCUGGGUGUCCUGGUACCCGUUUGACAAAUAUAAGCCAAUCAACCACGUUUUUGUUUACAUAUUUGAAAUGUUUGCUGGUCAGACUUGUGUGUGGAUAAUGAUCUGCACGGACCUGCUGUUCUCGGGGCUCGCGAGCCACAUCGCCAUGUUGUUGCGGCUGCUACAUAAGCGACUGGAGAAGUUAGCCGAAACUGAAAAGUCACAGGAGGAAUAUUAUCAAGAGAUUGUCGCUAACAUUAAACUGCAUCAACGACUUAUAAGAUACUGUAACGACCUGGAAGAGGCGUUCACGAUAGUGAAUCUCAUUAACGUCGUAUUCAGUUCAUUGAAUAUAUGUUGUGUCGUAUUCGUUAUUGUGCUCCUUGAACCAUUUAUGGCUGUGAGCAAUAAGCUAUUUUUGGGAUCUGCACUCAUUCAAAUAGGAAUGCUUUGUUGGUACGCUGAUGAUAUUUUCCAUUGUAACGCGGACGUGGCGCUAGCGGUGUAUAACAGUGGGUGGUACCGUACAGACCCUCGGUGUCGCCGCGCCCUCAUUUUCCUUAUUCGGAGAGCCCAAAAACCAGUGGCGUUCACUGCCAUGAAAUUCACGAAUCUGUCUCUGGUCACCUAUUCAUCGAUCCUGACGAGGUCCUAUUCCUACUUCGCUUUAUUAUACACCAUGUACAAUGACAGCUAUUAAAGACAAGAAAAUGAAAUGAUGAAAUACUGUUGAAACAUGUAUUUACCCAUAUGUUAUUUAUCUACCUACUAAAAACAAACAGUGGAAUCUAAUACCAGUUUGCAAAGAGAACAUAGAACGGAGCAUUCAUAAUACAUAAGUAUAUCAUGCAGACUGUGAUGCAGACUAAGUAUUCCUAGUGCCAUUUAAAAACUGUGAAAUGAAUGUAAUACGAGUAAGUAGUUUGACAUGUUUCCAGGGUGUGAAAUCUUGAUUAAAUAGUAAAGCUUCAAGUAUUUUAUUUAUGAUAUCCAAUACUCUUGAUUAUAAAUAUUAUAAUAUAUGUGUAAGUAAAUACCUAGUCGCAUCAAUGAUCUUUUGUUGCAUUAGGUUCAAAGCAAGGGUAACUUGC